GGCGAAGGCAGCGGCGCGAUGAGCGGGGCUGGGGCUGGGGUUCUGGGGAGCCCGGCCGGGAAGAGCGAGAAGCUGGACGAAGCGCAGGCGUUGGCCCGCAGCUGCGCCGGCAGACCCGAUUUCCAGCCUUGCGACGGGCUGUCGCUGUGCACCACGCACAGCCACGGGCGCUGCUUCCGCCUGCACUGGUGCUGCCACCUGGGCUGGUGCCACUGUAAAUAUGUUUAUCAGCCUAUGACUCCAGUGGAACUGCUUCCAAGCACUGAAAUACCCGUUCAACCUCGGGGAACCACAAACACCAUUCAGAUAUCUGUCUCGCUCACCGAACACUUUUUGAAGUUUGCACCAGUCUUCCAGCCACCAUUAACCCCAGAUUCUCCACGAUUCUGCACAAUCUCAGACCUCUUUAUUGACAAUUACCGUGUGAAAUGCAUCAACGGGAAGAUGUGUUAUGUGCAGAGGCAGCUGCCUGCUCUCUCCCAUAAAAUGAAGCCUCAGGAGGCCCCCACGCGCAAUGCCUUAAUUUUGAGAGAGAAUAAUACACCAAAAAUAGAUCAUUGCUCUUCUCCCUCCAGCUCUGAGGAUUCUGGGAUCAAUGCAGUUGGGGCUCACUACAUGGAGUCAUGUGAUGAGGACACAGAGGAAGGGGCAGAGCUAAGUUCAGAAGAAGAUUAUAGUCCAGACAGUAGCUGGGAACCGGAUGAGUGUCCCCUCCUAUCACCUUCACAGUGCGAACUAGAAGUGAUUGAAACCAUAGAAACCACAGUGUGAAAUGCUGAGCUGGGAGCUAGCUAGGUAUACUUAAAAUAAUACUGGUUUUCUAGCAUUUAUACUGGCUUUUCCCCUCCUCACAGGUCCUUCCCCCCCCUCCACCCCGUCCCACUCCAGGUGACAGUAUUAGGCUCCUCUGAAUCAGUUACUUGAUCCUAACUCUACAUAAUUUCCAAGAAACCUUUCUUGUAUAUUCUAAAAAUUGUCAGAUACUACAGGUUUCCUCAUAACAGAAUGUGCCUGGUCUCAGUAAGGGGCAAACAAUUUGCAGAUAUUUGAUCCAAUUGUGAAAUAAUAAACUGUUUUCAGGUUUUUAGGUUUUUUGGAACAAGAAUUUAGCCUUUCAUACUGUUGCAAAACAAACAUCAGUUGGUCAAGCUAUAUACAUGGGAAGUAGCGCUGACCUUACCAAAAGGUCUUCUUUAUUCCCUUUGGUUAGUCACGGAGGAGACAGAUCCAAGAUCCAUGCUUCUCUUGUCUCAAGCUCUGCCAUUGGUGCACCCUUUUUGAAAUUACCUAUGUGUAUCAUCCUUUUUUGGGCAACUGCAGAGCAAAGCAUGGUGUUUUCCUAAUAAGCACAAUGCACCUUGCUAAUCAGAACUCUACUUCCAGUGCAAGAAAUUACAGCUACACUUGAACUGAAAUCCUAUGCAGAGGGGAUUGUUAACACUGCCAAUGGACCAGGUUACAUUGAGCAACAUUCAGACAUGUUUGUUUAUCAUCACAAGAACAAGCCUAGGGCUUUGUGCACAGCUCAGAAAUAGAAGUCUUCUGGGUUUUCAGUAAACCAUAGCGUGUCACUGAAUCCUCACCAUCUUAGCCCUGUUCAUGGUACAGCAAGCAUGCAUACAUCCUGCAUGUACACAGAUAUAUCUGUUUGUAAGAAAGAGCCAGUGCACAUACACUUUAAAAAUAUUAUUGGGGACCAAUACCUGGGUAUAAAUGUGAGGAUCAAAUCACACAUUCAGAUGUAUGUAUGUUGACUAACAUAUAAAUUAAUGCCUAUACAAUGAAAAAUUAAGUGUGCAUUGCAUUCAUGUAAUAUAUGAACAGAGCUAGGAUAAUCCUGGUGUGCAGGGAGGAAACAAGUGAUGGUUUGUGGUUGGGACAUAAGACAAAAUGUUUAUUGUGUACCUGGAAGCUUUUGAUUUCUUAUCUGUGUUUGAGAGAUAGGGGAGAGAGCACGUGAACUUCCAAGGCUGAUUCUCAUAAAUGUGGCCAGCAAAAAUAAAGGUUGGCACUAUCAUUCUUGACGUGGAAGCAUUUAAUCAAAGAGCACUUGAAAAGGAAGCGGCUAAUUGGUCUAACCUUUUCCGUCUUGCACCAGGUCCCUCUUUAACAACUUCAUCUCAUUAACUGACAUAGAGCAGAUGAAAA